AUCCAUGUGACAAUCAGCCAUGCAGUGCCAAUGACAUGUGCAUCCCCGUCAACACAGCUAAAGGACAUAUAUGUGUACGUGUUGCUGCGUUCAUACCUCAAACUACUGUCGCGAGAAUGACACCAAAGACCGCAACAACCACAACCACUGCAGCAACCACAUAUGCCGCACCUCCAACUACACUUGAAGUGACUACUACCACGACAACAACUCACAUGUCAGCUUCAACAACUUUAAAUGGGACUACAACAUCUGCUGAACCGACUACAUCAGCUCCAACCUCAACUUCAGCUGCCACAAUGACAACUGCUCCAUAUAACGGUACAUGUGUAACGGACAUCGACUGUGCUGUUCCUCCUGGACGGACUUGCUCUCGUGGUGUCUGCAUAUGUUCCAUCGGAUACGGCAUGGGUGAGAUCAGCGUUGAGUGCAGAAGACUAACAGAAUGCACAUCAUUUGGAUUGGAGUUCACUCUCCACGUGGACAAGGGAAUCUAUAUGCAUGACUUUAAGUACAUUAACUCCAAGACAUCUGCAGAAUGUGCCCAGCUGUGUUUGCAUUCAGACACAGUGUGCAAAUCUUUUGAAACAUUCCGUAAUACAUGCUUCCUGCAGAAAGUCACGUGGUUUGAUGUCCACGAUGAUGAUCACAGGGACAAUAAAGGAGAAGAACAUUACCAGCGUAGAUGUAACUGGUGAUACAGGGCCAAUAUUACAAACUCAAAGUGAGUAUUAAUUCCAAAAUUUAGAAUGGAUAUAAAAGAAUGCUAUCCAAUAUCAAUUACAUUUGAUUCCUUUGAGUCCACAGAUUUCUUUAUGUUUGUUUUCUGUUUGAUUAGCCUGUAUUCUGACGUAUUAUGUAGGCUGGAUGUAUAAAUGUUUUCCCACGAUUUGAAAGAUUGUCUGAGACACAAGCAAAGCUAAAGUGACUGUUGACCUGAAAACAAAUAGGAAUGCCCGGCACGUGUCACACAUGUUCUUGGGAAUUGUAUCAGACAUGAUGGUUGUUUCUAUUAUGUCCUCGACAUGUCAACUAUAAACCUCUUGGUCAAAGGCAUGGCAUGUUUAUAGCCUUAUCAAACACCUUUGCAUGACGCUUUUUGAUAUCUUCGUUUCUAAGACAUUCACUGUUUUAAAUCAAAUCAAACAACUUCAUACGACUCCAU